AUGGAAAUGAAAAACUGCAAGGAUAGACCAUGUUCAAUCAAAAGUCUCUUCAUAUUUGUUCUUGUCCUUGUGUUUCUGUUGAUAUCAAAGCUUAGUGCAGAAUGGGUAAAAGCGGGUCCAGAUUACGUAGCGGGAAAUAGAAAACGUUUGAUGGCCGUUGUUCGAAUGGAAUGUCUCCUAACAUUGUUUAGUAUGUUCAUGUAUAGUCAGCUAAUGGCCUACUACGAUCGGGAGGAGAAUGAAUUGCCUAAGUAUGAUCGACGAGUAGCAGCAGUGAGUUUUGAAGCGAAGUAUAAGAAAGAUGGUGGGAUUCAGGAGGGAACGAGGAAGGGCUGCGAAGGUCUUAAUAAUAUUUAUGUACCUGUCUCAAGUUACAUACUUUCUGUAUUUUGCCCCAACUACGAUUCAGAGGGAACGAGGAAGGGCUACGAAGGUCUUAAUAAUAUUUAUGUUCCUGUCUCAAGUUACAUACUUUCUAUAUUUUGCCCCAACUACGAUUCAGGCGUUUGGACGAACCUUCUAGGUGUUGUAGCCGGAUUCUUUCUUAUCAACAGUGCUUUGUAUUUAAUAAAUAAAGUACCACCAGCAAAACCAUGGCUGGAGAAGUUGUGCUCGAUUCGAUUCAUUGGCAGAAUUCUUUCCGAUCGCAAACAUCAAAUAAAGUAUGUUUUUGAAGUCGAAAAACAGUAAUG